GUCAUAGAAAUAAAAGAAGAGCCUAGUCAACAACCAUUACAGCCUGCAUCGCCAUGGUCAACGGUUGAUAAUUAUGGUGAUGAAGACCCUCUUUACCAGGUCAUUUUUCUUCUCUUAAAAAUCUAUAUAUGUGUGUAUGUGUAUAUGUGUGUCUUCACUCUUCAUCAUCAUUACACUUUGAAGCUCAAAAGAUUGUGUUCUGUCAUCUUGACGAAUUUGCCCUCGCAAGAAUGGGUCGUCCGAACGUGCCAAGGUUUGGGAACUGGGAGAAUGAGAUUCAGCCCUACACGGUCUGCUUCGACCAAGCGAGGAAAUAUAAAGGUGGGAAGGCUAUAAACCCGAACGAUCCCCAAGAUUUUCCAGGGAUGUCUCAGAACGUGGUCCCCUCUUCUGCUAAGCCAGGGGAUCAGCUGAGGCGCAGUGGAGGCGUUCCCGCCAUGAAUGAUACUCCAGGCCGCCGUUCAAACUCUACCACCAGCGCGGGCCAUGAAUCCAGCUUUGGGAAGUUACCCAGGAGGGAAAAGGUGGCAUCCGGAAGAUCCCAUGACAGCAGCCAUGGGAGAACCUGGCUAAAGCCUCUUCCGGAUCAAAGUCCAGAAGCAGCAGCUGCAAUUCCAAGAUUUGGGGAGUGGGACAGGAACCCUCAAUCAGCAGAAAACUACACCGAGAUUUUCGAAAAAGCGGGAAAGAAAAUGCAGCAAGAAUCAGCUGAUAGGCCAUCAUACAAAGCUCAGAAACAAGUAGAAGAAGCUUCUCAGAAAUGUUGCUUUCCCUGGUGAUAUCAAAGAUGAAGCUUUCUUAGGUUUCAUCUUGAUCCAAUUCAUGAUUACAUCACUGGUUGUUUUGCAGAAUGGGCAGGUUUCUGCUUCAAUUUAUAUAUUUGUAUUUUUCUGAUAUAUAAGGGGUAUUUGUCGUGCAGAUGAACCAUAUUUUUGUGAGCUUUUUUCUUCAUUGAGUUCUUCUAUUAUGGACCUAAGAUCUACUGUGGUCCUUCUCACAUAAGCAAAUUAAUAAAAUUUUAAAUAAAAA